AUGAAGACUACCUCAGCCGCCGCACUUGCUCUCAUCUUGGGAUUGACCCAAAUUCUCGCCAGACCUGUGAAUGACCCAAGCAUCGACGUCCGCGAUGCCAACAUCAACUCUUCACCUGUUGCCAUUGAAUCGCGACCAUUGGAGCCUGACCGCCAAGCAUUGAAUCCAUUCCUCGGCGAAGACAUGAACUCCAUCAGAAACGACAACCCCGACCCGAAGACCAAAAUUUACCCCAAGAGGUCGGAGAAGGACGCGCCCUACUCUAGGUCUGAGAGAGAUUUGAAGGCCAGCAUCUACAUCCCGAAGACAUUCUCAGCAUCAUCGAACAAGCAGCCCGUCAUUCUAGUCCCAGGCACCGCUGCGAUGGCUGGUACGACAUAUCGCGCGAACCUUGGCCCUCUGCUGGCCAAGUCUGACUUUGCCGACCCCCUCUGGGUCAACAUCCCCGAUGCCUCGCUGGACGAUGCGCAGGAGAAUUCGGAGUAUGUUGCAUACGCUAUCAAUUACGUACAGGACAUGACUGGCAAGAAGCCAGCUGUCGUCGCUUGGAGUCAAGGAAAUCUCAACGUACAAUGGGCUCUGAAGUACUGGCCCAGCACCAGAGACUCGGUGACCGACCUGGUAUCAAUGAGCCCUGACUUUCAUGGAACCAAGGAGGCAUUCGCAGCUUGCAAGACUCCUGCCGCUAUCAUUGGCUGUACUCCCAGCGUCUACCAACAGAUGUAUGAUUCCAAGUUCGUCCAGACCCUUCGCGCAAACGGGGGUGACAGUGCCUAUGUUCCUACCACUUCCCUGUUCAGCGCAACGGACGAGGUUGUUCAACCGCAAUCAGGUCCCAUCGCCUCGGCCAUUCUCAAAGACGGCAAUGGUGUCGAAGUUAGCAACAUUGAGGUUCAGAAAGCUUGCCCCGCUACACCUGCUGGUGGCGAAGUCACCCACGAAGGCAUGCUCUACAACUCACUUGCAUUCGCCCUACUGAGAGAUGCUCUCACCAAUGAGGGUCCUGGCAAGCUCGACCGCAUCGACAAGAAAAUCUGCGCCGAUCCUGCUGCCGGCAAGCUUGACGCCCUCGAGAUCCAGGCAACCGAAGCUGUCUUGGUCGACGCCGGGGCGAACGUGCUAGCCUACCCCAACAAGGUCAGGCGUGAGCCCACUAUCAAGGCCUACGCCAAGGUCUAA